AUGCCGAAUGUUAGAGAGCCAAAUGUGAACUCGAGAACCGAAAAUUCUACGGUGAAUGUACUGAAAUCACUGAAGGUGGCACAUUUUCCCAAACAUCGAAGCAGCCAAAUAAUGCUUGGGACAAAGCACAAUGGUACAAAAAUUAGCGGAACCGAAAAUUCCACGGUGAAUGUACUGACGUCACUGAACGUGGCCCAUAUUCCUAAACAUCGAAGCAGCGUAAGUUUCGUGAAUCGCGUCCGACAUCCGUACCUUUUGGUUCAACACUUUGCUUUCCAUGAAUAUUCCGCUGAUUUGCAAAUGAACUGA